UUUCGAGAAGAAUUUUAAGUUUUUAGUUUAACUUCGAUGCGAAGCUGAAGCAAUCAUUUAUAGUGUUUUUUUUUUCAAUUUUUUAGGGUUGGGUUUUUAUUUUAUUUCUGGGUUUUGGUUGAUUGGUUUCAUGGCUGACUGGCAACAGCUUUUGCAAUCGAUUUUUAUAGGUCUCAUCUUCUCUUAUCUUCUCGCUAAGCUAAUCUCCUUAGUCGUUUCUUUCAAUGAAGAUAACCUUUCGAUUACCCGAGAUCGAAGCGGCUAUGUCCAAGGCUACGAGAAGAUCGACGACCCGGGACCCGUGCCCGACUCGCUUCUCAGUACUCAGCACGAGGGACUGCACAAGUCAGAUUCGGUGCUCGCCGAAUUGGGGAGUCUUAGGAACGACAGCGACGGUGAUGGCCUUGGCGAGGAUGAUGACGACGACGAUUGGGAAGGGGUAGAGUGUACGGAGCUGGAUGAUGCGUAUAGUGCUGCGACGGCGUUCGUGGCGGCGGCUGCGGCGGAUCGGUUGUCACAGAAGGUACCUAAUGAGGUGCAGCUGCAGCUUUACGGUUUGUACAAGAUUGCCACCGAGGGACCUUGCACUGCUCCUCAGCCUUCCGCUUUGAAAAUGACCGCUCGUGCUAAGUGGCAAGCAUGGUACAAAUUGGGUGCUAUGCCUCCGGAGGAUGCAAUGCAGAAAUACAUUGAUAUCGUGACUGAGCUUUAUCCGACUUGGGUGGAUGGUUCGGCUAUGAAGAGCAAAGGUGGGGCUGAUAGUGCUGCAAGUAAAGAUGCCAAAGGACCAAUGGGACCGGUUUUCAGCUCGUUCAUAUAUGAAGAGGAAUCUGGAAAUGAGUUGAAGAUGGAUGCUAUUCAUACUUUUGCCAGAGAAGGAGAACUGGAUAAUUUGCUUAAAUGCAUUAAAAGUGGUGUUUCCGUGCAUUUACAAGACAGUGAAGGCAGAACCCCAUUGCAUUGGGCUGUAGAUCGUGGACAUCUUAAAAUUACGGGAGCACUUGUUAGUAGGAAUGCGGAUGUGAAUGCUAAGGACAAUGAAGGCCAAACCCCGUUGCACUAUGCUGUUAUGUGUGAGAGGAAAGACAUUGCUGAAUUUCUUGUAAAACAAAAUGCAGACAAAGAUAUGAAGGAUAUGGAUGGCAACUCUCCAGUUGACCUAUGUGAUUCGGAUUGGCCUUGGUUGCAACAUGCAGGCAAAGCUGAUUGAUCUGUGUUUUAAAUCAAGUUUGCUUUUGGUUAAAGUACUUUAAAAAAGUUUCUCAUGGAUGUAUAUGGCUAUAAGUUACUUUUUGCUUUUUUUAACAUAGUUAUAUGCUGAUGUGGGGCACUAUGAUGCUCAUUGCCCUUGCCUCCUUGAUUACUGCUCUCUCUACCUCCAUAAGUAGAUCGAAGAGAGUUAGAAGGUAAGUAAAGUUUAGCUGGUGAAAUGGAAUUCAAAUAGUUUCUUUUUGUUGUUG